UGUCGGUCGACGCGCUUCAGCUACAGCGGAGAAACAACUCAUUCGUACUCUCUCACACACACACGGAGAUUUUCGACGCGAGCAUGGAUCUGAGUGGAGGAGCAACGUAUUCACUUUUAUCCGGAUAAAGCCGAAGAAGUUCUCAAUAGUUUGGAGGAAAAACAGGACGUUUGGUUCUUUUGUUAAAACUUUCCUGAAGUGAAGAAAGUUGUGUGUGGAGGAUCUCCCCCUUUUUUUUGAGGAGGAAAAUGUCCGCUUUGGAGGAGCAGCCGCUCGGCGCUGUAAGGUCUGCGGUUCUUUUGCUUCUCCUGGCCGCAGCUCAGCUCCUCCCCGGGCAUGUGGAGAGUUCGGAACCGUGUCCGAGUCCGUGUACAUGCAAGGGAACGUUACUGGACUGUAGCCGGGUCAUAAAAGCCUCAAAAAUCCCGAGAAUCCCGUCCUGGAUCACACACGUAGAUCUGAGCCAUAACAAGAUACGGAGCAUUCCUGAAGCACUGCUUCUCCCCCGAGUCCAGCACCUCGCCGAAAUAAAACUGGACAACAACGACUUGGAGACUGUACCGGAUUUUGGUCCUCAUUCUGGAAACAUCAGCGCUCUCAAUCUAGCUAAUAACAAGAUCUCCAGCAUAUCAGCGGAGCAGCUCAGACCACUGUCUGCCCUGGAGACCCUGGACCUCAGCAACAACAACCUGGUGGACGUGAAGGGAUUCCCGUCUCUCCCUCUGAAAAACCUGUACAUGAAUAACAACCGCAUCUCCCUGUUGGAGCCGGACUGCUUCAAAAACCUCUCAGACACCCUCCUGGUCUUGAGACUGAACAGGAACCGUCUAAACUCCAUUCCUGCCAAGACGUUCCAGCUGGACAACCUUCAGCACCUAGACCUGAGCAGGAACCGGCUGAGACGAAUCAAAAGCUUGACCUUCAACGGCCUUCACUCGCUGCGCUCUUUAAACAUGCAGAGGAACGGCAUCAUACGCCUGCUGGACGGAGCGUUUUGGGGCCUCAGUAAAUUGGAAGUCCUGCAGAUGGAGUACAACAAUCUGACCGAAGUCAGUAAGGGUUGGCUGUACGGCCUGUCGUCCCUGCAGCAGCUUCAUCUCGCUCACAACGCCAUCACCCGCAUCAAAGCCGACCCCUGGGAGCCCUGUCAGAACCUCGCUGAGCUUGAUCUCAGCUCUAAUCUGCUGGUGCGUCUCGAGGAGGGCAGCUUCAUGCGCCUGAGCGAACUCAAGCAGCUCUCUGUGGGCUACAACCAGGUCAGCUUCAUCGCCGAUGGAGCGUUCCGAGACCUCACCCGUCUGCACACGCUGGAUCUGAGAUAUAACGAGAUCUCCUGGACCAUCGAGGACAUGAAUGGACCGUUCUCUGCCCUGAACAGUCUGCGAAGUCUGUUUCUUCAAGGGAAUCAGAUUCGAUCAGUUACCAAGAAGUCCUUCACCGGUCUAGACGUGCUGGAGCGCCUUGACCUCAGCAACAAUGCCAUCAUGUCGGUUCAAGGAAACUCUUUCUCCCAGAUGAAGAAACUGGAAGAACUGCACCUGAAUACGUCGAGUCUGCUCUGCGACUGCCAGCUGAAGUGGUUUCCGCUGUGGGUGGCAGAAAACGCCUUCCUCUUCUUUGGAAAUGCCAGCUGUGCCCAUCCACAGCCACUGAAGGCCAAGAGCGCCUUUGCGGUCAGCCAGGACGAAUUUGUGUGUGCUGAUUUCCCCAAACCGCAAAUCACGGUGCAGCCCGAGACGCAGUCAGCCAUCAAAGGCACCAACGUGACGUUCGUCUGCUCGGCAGCCAGCUCCAGCGACUCGCCAAUGACCUUCGCUUGGAAGAAAGACAACGAGGUGCUGAACAACGCAGAGAUUCACAACCAGGCUCAUCUCCGGGCGCAAGCGGGCGAUGGGACCCAGGUUACCGAGUACACGACCACGCUGCAGCUGCGCCAUGUGGAAUCUUCCACCGAGGGCAAAUACCAGUGCGUCAUCUCCAACCACUUCGGCUCCACCUAUUCCCUAAAGGCCAAACUUACGGUCCACAUGCUGCCGUCCUUUAAUAAAAUUCCUAUGGAUCUGACAGUCCGUGUCGGAGCUACAGCCCGUCUCGAGUGCGCCGCUACCGGACACCCGGCCCCCCAGAUUGCGUGGCAGAAAGACGGAGGCACCGACUUUCCUGCCGCGAGAGAGCGGCGGAUGCACGUGAUGCCCAGCGACGCCGUCUUCUUCAUCGUAAAGGUGAAAACGGAGGAUAUCGGGGUGUACAGUUGCACCGCCCAGAAUACAGCCGGAGCCAUUUCGGCUAAUGCUACAUUAACUGUGCUAGAAAUGCCCUCGUUCCUGCGCCCCUUGACGGACCGCACCGUGGCGAGGGGCGAGACGGCCGUGCUGCAGUGCAUCGCAGGAGGAAGCCCUCCACCACGCCUAAACUGGACCAAAGACGACGGGCCGCUAGCUCUGACCGAGCGCCACUUUUUCGCCGCUGGAAACCAGCUUCUGAUCAUCGUGGACGCAGCAGAGGCCGACGCGGGCACGUAUACCUGUGAGAUGUCGAACCCGCUGGGCACAGAGCGGGGGAACGUGCGCCUGUCUGUCCUGCCAAACCCUAACUGUGAGUCCAACCAGGCGGGCACGGGGGUGCUGGGGCCGGGCGGCAGCGGGUCAGACGAGGACGGCUGGACCACUGUGGGCAUCGUCAUCAUCGCUGUAGUGUGCUGCGUGGUGGGCACGUCACUCGUGUGGGUGGUCAUCAUCUACCACACGCGCCGACGCAACGAGGACUGCAGCGUCACCAACACCGACGAGACCAAUCUUCCGUCAGACAUUCCCAGCUAUCUGUCCUCUCAGGGAACUCUGGCAGAGCGCCAGGACGGCUACGUGCCCUCUGAGAGCGGCAGCAAUUACCAGUACAUGAGCUCUUCCAUGGGAGGAUUCUACCUGCAGCACAAGGACAUGAAAGGCGUGUGUCAGCUGGACACUGGAAGUGAAGCGGACAUGGAGGCGGCCAUUGAUCCACUGCUCUGCCAUUUCCAAGGGCCAAUCAGCACACUGCUGAGGAGAGGCAACAUGUAUGGUCCUGAGCCCACGGACACGUAUAUGGGUUGCGCUGCAGAUCAGAGGCGUACGUGCAGAGAUUCGUACAGUCCAUCACUCCCUAGUUUAAAAAAGAGAGAAUAUUACACAUACACUCCUUCGCUUUCCUCGGACCCUUAUGACCACGUGAGCUCUGGGGUGAUGGUGCAGCGUGACGGGGGAGAGUGUCUCCAGUCACAGCUGCCCCCCGCUUCCUACAUGGGUACUUUUGGUAAAGCCCCAUGGCGUCCUCAGCAGGAGCUUUACCCCAACCUGUGCACUUCGUCUUCUCACAGAGGACUGACGCUCCACGAAAGCCUCUACACGGCCCUGGAUUACGACUCGGAGCACGAGGACGACUUCUGCUCCCGUUCUCUUCCCCAGACGCCGAAAGCGGACUCGGACAGCGGCAGGUUCGAGCUGUCGUUCAACGGCAGCAGGACAUCGGAGGGUCGUUCGAGCUCGCAACCGUGUUCAUAGCACCUCGUUCGGAGAACACAGACCGCACCACACUCCGUUUAUUUAACAAGGAGGACCAAAAUUCAGUUCUACCUCGGCUCGCACGCUUCUUGUGCACGCUGGUUUCGAAUGUAAAAGGUAAACAUGAGGAAUAGUGUGUGUGUGUGUGUAUGUGUGUGUGUGUGUGUGUCCAAAAAAAAAGUGUAUCCAUUGUACAAAAAAAACAGAUAUCGAAAGUAUAUAUAAAUACAUUUUAUACAAAGCUUAUUUUAUUUUGUAAAUGAACUGUAAAUAGGAUCCAUUAUUACGUUGCAUACUAUUUUUUUAUAAGAAGAUCGUCGCCAUGGACAAAAAGAAAUCGAAACAAACGAGGGAAUAGUAAUGGCUGGUCCACCGAUUCUACACAAACACCCCUUUGUGUUUCUGUGCAAUGUUUCCGCAAGACUCUUGGGUACUUUUUUUCCGCCUAAUAAUAAUAACACGCCUAGUGACAUUUUAGGAUUUAUUGUAUUUUUUUGCUUUUCGCCUACAUCUAUUCCAAAAAAAAAAAAAAAAAAAAAAACGUCUUCCAGCAAACCAAUACAAUUUCUGACCCAUUUCUGUUUGUGAGUCUGUUUAGUUCCCCAAUGCAUAUGUGUGUUUAUACAACUCAAGCACCCUUUUGCACUCCCUGAUAAUAAAACGUGCUGCUACACAGUCAACGAA